CUCAGUCAGUCGAACGCGUGCACACGCCUUCGGAGUCGGUUAGGAGUUACAUCGUACGUUCUCGUCCACUGAUAAGCAUUUUGCACCCUUGGCAGAUACAAAGAAGAACUCAGUGGCAGUUGAAGGACAAAGCUUGUGAUCGCAAACUGACUGUAAAAUUGAUUGUGGAAUUAAUUAAUAUAUUAGUCCGUUGACAAAAUCCAGAAGUGAAUGGUGGUGAGGGGUUUCCAAGGGAGGAGUUACAACGGGAAACGAUCGGAGGGGAUCCCGACAAAUUUAUGAUACGAUUACGCGUUAAUAUUUUUUAUGAUAGCUUCUUUGUAGCAACAUCGGUAGGGCCAAGUGUUAAAUGAUAUAUUAGUGUGUUUCUAAGAGGAAGUAUUAAAGGAUGAACAUGAGGUGCAAGACGCGAUUGGAAAUGCGAGUCUACGCGGUGGUCUUUUUGAUAGUGUGCUGUUUCCUGUGUCUCCCGUGUGCAAGCGAGAAGCCAAAAGCGAACAAUGCCUCAACUUCGAUAGACAAGAAAACGGCAGCUCAGAUAGCCGUGGGCGAGCAGCGGCUAGGAGAUCAAAUUCGCGCUAUCCUCAAACAUUAUCAGCAAGACGAUCCGGUCGGGUUGCCGGGCGCGCCGAUACCGGAUCCGAUGCCAGUGCCGGAUAUGAAACAUUCCUUCUCCGUAUAUACAAUAAAUCUCAAAAAGAUUAGCGUUUACGGGCUGUCCAAAUUCCGUAUCGAACAUAUAGAGUCGGAACUGGCACGUAUGCAGGUAUCCGUUGCAGUAAGGAUAGACCGUCUUGAUAUUCGCGGAUUACACACAAUGACAUCGUGGAUUUCGAGGUCCGAAGGGAAUUUUACGGUGAAGCUUACCGGUGUGAAAGUCGAAGGUAUCGCCAGGUUAGAAGUGAGCACCGAUGGCAAAUUGCAGGCUCAAGACAUCGACAUGGAUUUGACUUUCGAUAAAAUUGACCUGGCCUUUGAAAAUCUAGGAUUCGUAGGUUCGGUGUUUCAAGGACUCGUCAAUUCCGUCGGAAGCUUCAUCUUUGACAGCAUCAAACCAUUCAUACUAAAAGAAGUUAAUACAAACAUGAGGGGAGAAGUAAAUAAGCAAAUAUCACAAUUACCGCAAUACUUUCCGAAUUCGAUUUCACCCUUCGAUAUGGCGAUCGCAGAAGGUCGGAAGCAGGUUUCUCAGAUGGGCUAUGAUCCAUAUCAGUUAAAGGAUUAUACCCAGAGCGUCGGUAUAUUCACUAUGACCUCGUCACAUACCUGGAUCACCGGUCUAGCCAGUUUCUAUCGUAUGGGAAAUAUAACCAUCACCAUGGAGAACGGAACUGUAUACGCGCUUCUGGAUGUCGGCACCCAGGAACUUGAGGGUAAGACGCACUGGGAGGUGAGCGUGAUCGGCGGCUUCCUGUCGCGUGCCGGCACCAUGUCCUUCACCGUCCAAUACUUUCGGGUUCAAGUGAAGCUGGCUCAGCCGUUGGACACGCGGAAACGCGCUACAUUAGAAGAAUUGGAGCUCGAGUUGGGCAACAUCCAAACGAGAUUCCACGGCGCCAGAACGCUCGAUUAUCUCGUAGAAGCGAGCGUUAAUAUACUGCCGAACCUUUUAAGAUAUCAAAUCAUGGACGCGAUCGAAGGACCGUUGAAAAGACGUAUACAAGAGGAAUUGGACAAGGUAAACAUGGAGAAAUUGAUUGAUGAGAAAAUUCCGGCGAUCGAGGAACAGGCUAGAUGGAUGCAGGGUUUAACACCCGCAGAGGAAACAAUCUUGGAGGAACCGCUACCACCGAACAGUCAAGACGAUCAAACGCCAUUCUCUGAGAGCGAGGAAGAACGAGGACCGUCGUAAGAAAAGCAUUCAUAGAUCACAAUCGAACGUUCAAACGUUUAACUCCAUUCUAGAGGGCCAAUAAUUCGAGACUCCUUUAUAAUGUAAACACGUAUUGUACGUUACUCGUGAUAUAUGCGCAUGUAUUUUAAUGUACAAUACGUGUACAUAUAUUCUGAUUUUUUAAAUAUCCUGUAUCACGCGAUGAAAUUCAACUUACAAUUUAUACCUAAAUGGAAUCGUGAAUGUCGAAUUGUCUAAUAGCAGUUUUGCAACAUGAAAGAAGUAAAAAAUGUAUGCACGACUUUGUGACACAUUUGGCACAGAUGUGUAAUUUAUGCCCGAUGGAUAAUUCAAUAACGAUUUGGCUAAAUUGAAGAAAUAUUUAUUGCGACUUAUUUUUUUAUGCGCAUAGAUUUUUGUGUGCCAUAAGUGGUGGUAUCGUUAAGAUUUAAAUACUUAACAGCAUAAAUGCGUUUUUAAGAAAAAAAUAUUAAUUUUAAAUCAAACUUAUACG